AUGGAGCGAGUUGUCAGCGUCAGGGUAUUGCUUACGACGGCAAUUGAGUAUGGGAUUAAGCUGUCAGAGUUUGCUGGGUGCGGAGCACUCGGCUCAACAUUCGGCCAAGCCUCUACGUUUCAGAACCUCCCCGCGACUGCAAAAAAGGCUGCUGCGUGUGCCCGUAUACUUUCGAAUAUCUCGGUACCGUACAGUCAAGUGUACGGUAUUGCAUUUGACGGAUUGCCGCCGAUAGUGUCGUUAGCAAAACUGCGCCCAAUCGCCGCGCCUGGCGUAGCGGGUUGUCGGUCUUCCAGUGUCCCUUGUGUAUUCCUUCCAGCCGUUGUACAUAGCGCAGCACAGAUUACGAUGGACGACAUUAGGCUGAUACUAUCGCGCACGGCAUCGAAAUGUCGCAUUCGGGUUUUCCGCAGGCCAGUGACGCGUCCCAGUUCUCAUAGUCCUCUUUGGCUGCCGCAGGAGCUGUGGGAGGAAAUCGCAAAAUAUAUCGACAGCCGACAUACCUUGUCUAACUGUAGCCUGACCUGUCGCGCAUGGGAAGCCGCAUUCCGCCCUAUGCUCUUCCGCUGGUUCUGCGUCAACAAUCGCAACCUUCGCCGUGCACACAGCCUGCUGCUUGCAAAUAAGCAAAUCGGGACCUACGUCAGAUAUCUCACAUUCAAUGACUUCGAAUCCUGGUCCGCGCAUUGGCAGCAGCAGCAGCACAAAACUCUGGUGUUCAUCCUCGCCCAGUUCCCGCAGGUGACCAAUCUCUGCCUCAAAGUGCAUGUCCUCACGCCGUCCACGCUGGAUGCGCUGGCGCUGCUCUCGCCAUCCGUGCAAUUCCUGGCAGUGGGGACGCUGAUGGGUGCAACACCUGACGCUUUCACGCGGCUCAUUCGCGCGUUCUCUAAUUUGCGUACGCUGUCGAUCGAGGAAGAGCUCUUCAUCCAUCCAGAAGGCAAGGAGAUAUCCUCUGCAUCUGCUAUGCAGCGGAUCAUGCGACCGCUCCGCAUCACGUUCACGCCACCGGCCCAGAGAGAGCGUGACUGGUAUCACCGGGCGAUUGAUACCGUCUCAUGGAAUAAACGCGACCGCACCAUAAGGGGCGACCCAAGGGCACUGGCCGCCUUGCUGCAGGAUGCAGCCCCGUCGCUGACAUGUCUUCGUCUGUGUCACCGGUACUGGUAUGAUGGUAACACGGCGUUCGGCAAAAAGGACAAUCCGAGCAUCACUUCCAUGGAGUUCUGGACGUACGACAAGUAUUGGACACCACGAUUCUUGUCGCAGGUCCGGCCUGCGAAAAUUCGCGUGAUCAAGUUUAUGGACUUCUCAACCAGUCCGUCGGAAGACACCACAGAACUUCUUCGCGCGUUGGAACCACUCUUAUCUAGGGCCGUCUUCCCAGCAUUGCAGAGAGUGACUUUCGGUGUCCGCUUCUCGAGCUCCGUGUCUUUGGGCUGCACAUACAUCCAAGCGCUCCUUCCCCAUCUCGAUGCUGAAGGACUCUUAGAAUUUAAGAGGCACCGCGUGGUGUUUCAUCUGCACCCUAGCGAAGAUCUCGCUUGGGAUUGUGGGUGGAUGGAACAAGCCGCGACGGGCCUAACUCAAUCUCCGCUUGUGGGAGGAGUGCGAGGUCUUCGCUCAGAAUCACCGAUUUCCUUUCAAAUGCAUCGAGUGCUCCUCAUCGACGAAAUCGUCGCACGUAUCUGUCAAUAUCUAGUGAAAAAUGACCGAAAAGAAGCGGCCGCUCUCGCGAGGAGUUGCAGAGCACUUCACAUACCUGCGAUUGAGGCUAUGUGGGAGACCUCGAAUGUCGUUCAUAUCGUCAAGUUACUACCUGCUGAUGCCGGAGCUUGGGAUGCUCUCACUGACUCGGAGACAGUGCGACUUUACCAUCUGCAAAGGCCCCUGGUCCCAAAUGAUUUCGCUGCGGUUAUGAAGUAUGCACCGCUUGUGAAGCACCUGGAGAAGUCCUGGUUAUACUUUUCAUUCGGCACCCGUCCUGAAAAUUUGGCAGUCUCAUCCGAGACACUGAAGGCCAUUGCAGAACAAUGUCCCUCCAUCGUCCUUUUUCCAGCGCUUAUCGCCCUUGAUUGGCCAUUGCACUCUUGCUCGUCGACUUGCGCCAAGGAUUGCAAUGAUUGGGUGGAUAUGCCGUUGUUCAUCGGACCCAAACUUUGGCGGGUCGUGAUCACAGAACUCGACGAGGAUCACCGCCCGUUGAUCGGAAUCCUCAACAAAGUGAAGGCCGAUUGCCCUUUAAUUGAGGAGCUGGUCUUUGAGAAUUCCGAUCAAAAGCGGACUGAAGAUGUGUCCGAACAUGUAUCUUCUGUCAUCGGCGAGUUGAAGAGUCUACGAAUUCUUCGCUGUGGUGGUGAACAUUCAUACUCGCCUGCAACGCUCUCCUAUGGUGGUAUUUCCUUAACCUCGUCUGCGCUGUCCCGUCUCGGCAAGUGGUCCUACCUACAUGACUUAUCUCUCAAAUUUUCCAAGACUCGUCCGGUCCCUCCUAUGUGCGACACGGAUUUCGUAGCACUCCGGACCUUGGCGAUCCAUCACGACAAUUUGGCCGGAUAUGUCAUGUCCGCGUCUUCUGUCAAGCUACCGUAUGUGAGAUCGGUCCGUAUUACGUGGGGUUCACUUCCCGAAAACCGCGACAUCAGGGAGCUUUUCCAGGCAAUCCGCUCCCAGUUCUCACCCCUCCAGCUCUCUUCUCUCACAAUCGACUCUGACUUGACCGUCCUGGGUGACGUGUACAGACAACGCAUUACCCUACGCUCGACUUAUAUAAAGCCUCUCCUCGACUUUCACAAACUCGAGGAGGUCCUUAUAGUCGCAUGCUGGAUAGCGGAGUACGAUGACGAGAUUCUGAUAGACAUGGCUUCCUCAUGGCCAAAUCUUAGGAGGCUAAUUUUGAUACCAGAAGAUGCCGAUGAUGCGGACUUCAUUAUACGAGCCACAUUGCGUCCUCUCCAAGCGUUCGCGUUCCACUGCCCGCACCUCGAGUGCCUCAAGUUAGUCUUUCACGCGGACGGGAAUAAGAUCCCUGCCGUGCUGCCGAAUACGAAGCGAGAAUGUCUACCCCAGAACCUCGACUACAUUAAUAUCGGACCUUCGACCACGUCCGGCUCCCUCAGCGAGAUCGCGGCUUUCCUGGCCAAGAUUUUCCCCGCGCUGUGCGAAAUCGACUCUGAUGUUAUACUCAGUGAGGACUGGAAGAUCAUCAAUGGCUUCCUCACUGUGCAUCGCGGAGUCCGCGAAGAAGGGAGGCAGGAGGCGCGCGACGAGAUGCCGGCUGCAGCAGCAGGCACCGACUAA